CCUCGACGAUUGACCUCUCUUCUGCACGUUGCUUCUCAGUUGUGCAGCCAAGAUACGUUGAAAUUAGUGCUCUUGAGAGGAGCUUCUCCAGAUAUUCUUGAUACCUAUGGAUGGGCACCUUUGCACCUGGCGGCUUGGAACGGCAACGCAGAUGUCAUGCGUAUCCUCGUGGAUGGAGGUGCGGAUAUUGAGCUGAGGAAAAUUUGGAAUCAGCCACCGCUCUUCGACAGGUACAGGACCGAGCAUUCUGGAACGACUCCUUUGCACCAAGCGGCUUCCAGAGGGCAUCUUCCAGCGGUAGAGCUGCUGUUGGCGGCCGGUGCAGAC